AUGGCCACGGCGGUACAAUGCGCCGCUUCAUCUUCACUAUUGCUAACUGAAUCCUCUCAGAAACCCUUUUCAUCUUCUUUGAAGAAAUCCCCAUUUCUCGGAUUCUCACUUGCCGCUACAUCCAAGCCGUCAAUUUCCGUUCUUAGAGCCAAUCGAACAACCAAAAUUUCAUGCCAAGAUAAAACAGUCUCGGUCCCCGUCGACCAGCGUUGGAUGUUUGAAGACACCGGAUUCAAUGGCCCGGACGUUUGGAAUAAAACAUGGUAUCCGAAAGCUGCAGAUCAUGUUAAUACAGACAAACCAUGGUAUGUGGUAGAUGCAUCUGACAAGAUUCUUGGGAGAUUGGCAUCAACAAUUGCUAUCUAUAUUAGAGGGAAAAAUCUGGCUACCUUCACUCCUAGUGUCGACAUGGGGGCCUUUGUCAUAGUGGUCAACGCCGAUAAAGUUGCUGUGUCUGGGAAGAAGAGAACUCAAAAGCUCUAUAGGAGGCACUCGGGGAGACCAGGUGGGAUGACAGUUGAAACAUUUGAUCAGCUUCAGAAAAGAAUACCUGAAAGAAUUAUUGAGCAUGCUGUCCGUGGAAUGCUUCCGAAAGGAAGGCUUGGCAGAGCAUUAUUCAACCAUCUUAAGGUGUACACUGGUCCAAUUCAUCCUCAUGAGGCGCAAAAACCCGCUGAGUUGCCGAUAAGGGACAAGAGGAUAACGAAGCAAAACUAG